GUUAUUAAUUCCCAACUCUUUCGAGUUUCCGAAGCUUUCUUCCAAAAUUAAAAUUCAGGAUCUCUCUCUCUAAAACCCAAACCCUCUCUCUUCCCAAACCAAAAACUUCAUUUUUGUUUUUCUUCCUUACAAAGAUCCACCCACUCAGAUUACCCAGAUUCUGUUUUUCAUGGAAGAGCCGGAUGAGAGAGAUGCUUCUGGCAGUGUUUCGGAGUCAACUGUUACUGUUAGGGAGCAUUUAGUGGAUGAUUCCGGUGUUAGUGUUAGUAAGGACCGGGUUCAGAGUUCUUUGUCUGAGGAUGUGGGGAGAGGGGAUGGGGCUGAUGGGGCUUGUAAUGGUGGUGGUGAGGAUAUUAUGGUCGAAGUUUUGGGUUCUGAUGUUUAUUUUGAUGGUGUAUGUACUCAUAGAACUGCUGGGAAUUUGGAUGUUGUUUCAACUGGUGGGGAGGAGCCGCCCAGUGUGGUCAGAGAUGGGCAUCUGGAAAGUGAGGGAGUAUCUGUGGUUGGGGAAUCAAUAAAAGGAACUUCUCAAGAAGGUGUGGAGGGCGAUGAAAGAGGCGUUGAUGUAAUGAUUCUCGAUAAUGAUGCUCGGGUGGAUGAUUCUUCAGCAGUUGAUAGACAGACCGAAGCUGCUCAUGUGGAAGAGGAAAACACUGGAAGCAAGGAGGCUAUGGUUGUAGAUACUGAUAAUCUAGUCCAUAAUAGUUCAGAUGAUGAAGCUUUGAACGAUGAAGAACCUCAGAAAGUGGAGGUUCUUUCUGAGCAAUCAAAGAAUUCUCCCACAGAAAAUGGGUUCGGAGAAGACUUAGUGCAUACUGAUGGGGGAAGCCAGGAAGCUUCAAUAAGUGACGGGGAUGAAAGUUUGGAAAAAGGAAAAGGUCAGAGGAGUGUGGAGGAAGAGCAGAUUUUUGAUGCACCAGUUGACCUGCAGGGUACAGGGCUUGGAGUUUCAGAUGUUGAUGCACGGAAUUCUGGAAUUAAGACUUCUUCUGCAGAUAGUACUGAGAAUUCAAAUUCACAGGGCCAAGAUGCUACUGAAAUGGAUCCCAACAUGUUGCCUGAUAAAAGUUGGAAUCCUGAAGUUAUUUCUCAGAGUGAAGGUUCAGACAAAGACCUUUCUAAUCUGGAAAGGGAUGAGAGUUGUAUAGUUGAGACAGAGCAUGGUGAUAUGGGAAAAAAUGAUCAUAUGGAUGGUCAGAACCAAGUUUCUGGAGGAGGGGAACUUCCCAAUAGCAGUUUGACUCAUGGGAAGAAGAUUUCUGGCGAUGAAAAGCUUGGCUUGUGUGUGGGAGUUGAAGUCCCAGAGAUAGCAGCACAGACACUUGAUAGUGAGAAUUUGGAUCGAAGUAUAGCUUCUCCUGGAGAUGUGGUGAAUUCGGAUCCAUCUGUGGUUGUUACUGAACAUAUGAGGAGUACGGAUUCAAUAUCAUUGAGUCAACCAAACCAUGAUGCUGAGGAAGAUGUUGCAACAGAAAAUCAUGGUGAAGUUUUGGCUCCGAGUAUUGAAGUUUCUGCUGAAAAUGAGCAAAAUUUGAUGGUGCAGAUAGAAGGCAGGAAUAUGGAGCCUGCUUCUCAAUCGAAUGGACAAGAAGGGGGUACUUGCAUAGAACUUGAGGAAAAUGCUGUUAUGGAUCAUAAUCUAGCUAAUUUUGAAACUGUGGAGGAAAUGGAAGUUGAUCACAAAUUCAAUGCUAACCAGAUGGGUUUACAUGGCGAGGAAGAAGAUGGAGAUGUGACAGGUAUUGAAGAUGAUGAUGAUCAACUUGAAAGUUCUGUACAAUUGCACCAAGCUUGUUAUCACCUGCCAUCGGAGAAUGAAGGUGAUUUUUCUGUUUCUGAUUUAGUGUGGGGUAAAGUGAGGAGCCAUCCUUGGUGGCCAGGUCAGAUAUUUGAUCCGUCUGAUUCUUCUGAUCAGGCGAUGAAGUAUUAUAAAAAGGACUUCUAUUUGGUUGCUUAUUUUGGGGAUCGUACAUUUGCUUGGAAUGAAGUGUCUCAUUUAAAGCCAUUUCGGACACAUUUCUCCCAAGAAGAGAUGCAAAGCCAUUCAGAAGCUUUCCAAAAUUCUGUUGAGUGUGCUCUGGAAGAAGUCUCUAGACGAGCAGAGUUGGGGCUAGCGUGUGCUUGCACACCCAAAGAAGCAUAUGACAUGGUUAAAUGUCAGAUUAUUGAAAAUGCUGGUAUUCGAGAAGAAUCAUCUAGAAGAUACGGUGUAGACAAAUCUGCCAGUGCCACAUCGUUUGAACCUGCUAAGUUAAUAGAAUACAUCAGGGACUUGGCGAAGUUUCCAUCUGAUGGCAGUGACCGUUUGGAACUGGUCAUAGCCAAGGCCCAGCUGACUGCUUUUUAUCGUCUAAAGGGGUAUUGUGGCCUGCCUCAAUUCCAAUUUGGUGGCUUGCCUCAGUUCCAGUUUUGUGGGGGACUUGCAGACAAUGAGUUAGACAGUUUAGGCAUUGAAAUGCAGUCAAGUGAUUUUGAUCACCAUGCAGCUCCAUGUCAGGAUGAUGCACAGGCGUCCCCUUCUAAGGAGAAUGUAGAAGUUCGGAGUAGUUCUUAUCAUAAACGCAAACAUAAUUUGAAGGAUGGUCUGUAUCCUAAGAAAAAAGAAAAAAGUUUGUAUGAACUAAUGGGUGAAAAUUUUGACAAUAUUGAUGGAGAAAAUUGGUCUGAUGCAAGGACUUCCACACUGGUGUCACCUUCUUGUAAAAGACGAAAGACUGUCGAACAUCCUAUUGAUGGUUCUGGUGCACCAGAUGGAAGGAAAACUAUAUCCGUUGCAAAGGUUUCUGGAACUGCAUCUCUUAAACAGUCCUUCAAAAUUGGCGAUUGUAUUCGUCGGGUUGCAAGUCAGUUGACUGGUACGCCUCCAAUCAAGUCUACUUGUGAGAGGUUCCAAAAGCCAGAUGGAAGCUUUGAUGGGAAUGCACUCCAUGAAUCUGAUGUUUUCCUCCAGAACUUUGAUGAUGCCCAAAGAGGAAAGGUAAAUUUUCCUCCCGAGUACUCCUCCUUGGAUGAAUUGUUAGAUCAACUUCAACUAGUGGCAAGCGAUCCAAUGAAGGAAUAUAGCUUCUUGAACGUAAUUGUCAGUUUUUUCACUGAUUUUCGAGAUUCAUUGAUUUUGAGGCAGCACCCUGGGAUUGAGGAGGCCUUGGAAAGAAACGGUGGUAAGAGGAAAGCACAAUUUACUUCUAUUGUUGCUUCACCACAGACAUUUGAAUUUGAGGAUAUGAGUGACACUUACUGGACAGACAGGGUAAUCCAAAAUGGGACUGAAGUUCAGCUACCUCGUAAAAACAGAAAAAGAGAUUACCAACUUGUUGCAGAGCCAGAAAAAGCUCUCCAAGGAAGUCGCAGGCCAUACAAGAAGCGUCAUCCUGCUGGAAAUCAUGCUAUGACAGCUGAGAAGGUUACCAGCUCUGUAUAUCAGCCAUCCCCUGCUGAACUUGUAAUGAACUUUUCCGAGGUGGAUUCUGUGCCAUCAGAAAAAACCCUGAAUAAUAUGUUUAGGAGGUUUGGACCCUUGCGAGAAUCUGAGACGGAAGUUGAUAGGGAGGGUGGUCGUGCAAGGGUAGUUUUUAAGAAAUCUUCUGAUGCGGAAAUUGCUUAUAGCAGUGCUGGAAGGUUCAGCAUCUUUGGACCAAGACUUGUAAAUUAUCAGCUUAGCUAUACUCCUUCUACCUUGUUUAAAGCUUCGCCUAUUCCCAGACUUCAGGAUCAGGAAAUGCAUCUUGAUCUUAGCACGGCUCAGUUCCAAGAAAUGCAACUAGAUUUGUCCUCUUUCCAUGACCAUGAAAUGCAGCUUGAUUUAUCUUCAAUUCAUGAUCAGGACAUGCAGCUUGAUCUUUCCACGAUUGGAUAUCAGGAAAUGGAAUCUGUUCUUGGUUCACACCAUGACCAGGAGAGUAAACCUCAUUACACUGCUCAUCUUGGGGAGAUGCAGGCUGAUUUUUCAACUAUUCAAUAUGAUAGGCAAUCUGAUCUUUCAGCUAUGCAUAACCAGGAACUGCAUCCUGUUUUUGCUUCAAACCAGGAAACGCAAUCAGGUCAGGUUACUUCUCAAGACCAGGAGCUGCAUCAUAAUUUCACCUCCGAUCAGCUUGGGGAGAUGCAAGCAGAUCACACUCUAACUCCUCCUCAUCAUGAUGAGCCACCAGUUUCUGCCUCAGACCCGGAGCAGAAUAUGCCACCAGUUUUUGCCACAAUCAAGGAGGAGAAGACACAGCCAGCUAUUACUACAUUCCAAGAGGAGUCACAGUCAGUGCUUGGAAUCAUCCAGGAGCAAGAGACGCACACUAUUCUAGACACUGCCCAAUUGGGUAGGAUGCAAGCCGAUCUUAAUCCAACUCAUCAUGAGAGACAAACUGUCCCUGCCACAAGUCUGGAGCAUGAAAUGCAGCCAGUUACAAGUCAGGAGCAAGAGGACGUAGCUAAUACUGGCACCACCACGGUUCAUCAUCAGCAGCCUGUUCCUUCGAUACCCCAGGAGCAGGAUAUGCAACCUGUUGUUGCCACAGUUCAGGAGAAUGAGAUGGUGCCGGUUACCUCUACGCAGGAUCAUGAGAGGGAACCUGAGACAGCAUCAGAGGAGUUAUUGGGGGAACCUGUUCCUGCCAUAAAAGAAGGGCAAGAAACACAACGUUUUCUUGGCACGAUGAAUGGGCAUGAGGAAGAUGAUGCUCUUGGAACAAAAGAGCAGGAAGCUCAAUCUGUUACCCCUGCAACUCAUGAAGAAGAGGACACACAGCAAGUUGUUUUAACGGGGGAGGAGGCUCAAGAAGAAACUCAGGUGGCUCCCGGCUUUACAGAGGGGCAGGAAACACAAGUUCUUGACAGUACGGAGGGGCAGGAAACACAAGUUCUUGACACUACGGAGGGGCAGGAAACACAAGUUCUUGACACUACGGAGGGGCAGGAAACACAAGUUCUUGACUCUGCGGAGGGGCAGGAAACCCAAGUUAUUGACUCUAUGGAGGGGCAUGAGUCUGAGCAUGAUCUUGGUGCAAAUGAGCAGGCCAGUCUGUCUGUUGUUGUAGCUGAUGAACAAGAUGAUGCACAGCCACUUGUUUCUGCUGGCGAGGAGGCUCAGGAAGAAACUCAGCCCAUUCACGCCUCAACCCAGGAGUUGGAACAUGAUGAGGAAGCUAUGCAGGGGCAGGAGUUGCAACCUGAUCAAGUGACAACUGAGGAGGAGCAUGAGGUGCCAGACUCUCUUACAUCCCAGGUGCGGGAUGAGUCUAAGCAUGCUACAGAACUUGAACAGGAUCUACUUCCUGAUAUUACAAAUGAGGUGCCAAGGGUGCAAUGUGAUAAUGACAAGAAUCAGGUGCAGGUGGUACAAAAUAGUAAUAACGCGAAUCAGGAGCAGGAGGAACAACCUGGUAAUAACAAAAAUCUGGAGCUGGAGAUGCAACAUGAUGUUCCCACAAAUCAGGAGCAGGAGAUGCAACAUUAUAUUCCCACAGAUCAGGAGCAGGAAAAGCAGUGUGAUAAUGCAGCAGAUAAGGAGGAGAAGCAAGUGGACAAUGCAGUAGAUCAGGUGCAGGACAUGCAAUGUGACGAUGUUACGAGUCAGGAGCAGGACAUGCAAUGUGACAACCCCACAAGUCAGGAUCAAGAGAUGAAAUGUGAUAAUGCAAUGAGUCAGGAUCAGGAGAUGCAAUGUGACAAUUCCACAAGUCAGGAGCAGGAGAAGCAACUUGGUAAUGCCACAAGUCUGGAGCAGGAGAUGGAAUGUGAUAGUGAGGCAGAUAAGGAGCAUGUAGUGCAAUCUGGCGAGGCUGUAUCCCAUGAGCAGGAUGCACAAUCUGAUCACGAGCAAGAAUUGCAAGCUAAUCACGAUUCCACUAACCAGGAGCAGGAGAAAAUACCCAAUUUUGACACACAAGAGCAGGAUAUAGAAUCCGAUGUAGAAAAACAUCCUGCUCAGGUUCAGGUGAUGGAACCUGAUUGUGCAGUAGUUCCAGGCUCAGACACACAUACUGAUUCUGUCACCACAAAGGAUCAGAAGAUGCAACUUGGUAUUUCAUCUUUGGGGAAGAAAACAGAUUAAUUUUCAGGUAAUACACAAAUGGAAUAGUCAACUGAAGAAUACAUCACUGCUGACAAGAGAAUAACACGACAGGUGCCAGAAGAGGUAACCGGACCAGACCAUCAUUUGAGGAUGCAUCUGGUUGUCAGUUCCAUUCAGAGUUUGCUCGAGGCUUGGUCCCUUCGUUUCAUUCUCAAAUCAAGGUUUAAAAUAUUGUAACUUAGAUCCUCCCCACCCUAGUAGUAUUAGUUGGAUGUAAAUUUAUGUUAGCUGAAGUUUACCCACCCACUUUCUGUUGAUUUUUUUUUUUGGCGGAGGCCGGCUUUUGAAUGUGAUACAUCGGGCAUUGUACAUGACAUUUUCCAAUCACAGCCAUUGAAGUGAAGGAUGAAGGGGGCUUAUUUGGAAGCCAAAUGGUGUUGAAACUUUAUGCAACAGCUUUGGAUAGUCGUAGCUCCAUUGUAUAGCAAUCUUGGGGGGUUCUUAGAAUUUGAGCUCUCAUUUUGAUUCGAUGAUUGAGAUUUUACUACCCGGAAAUUUCUUGUUUGAAUGAUGAUAUAGCUCUAGAAUGAAUAUGAAUAUAAAAUGGAAGUGUUUUAGAUCGAA